CAUGAUGUGUGCUUUUUUUAUUAUGUAUAUUUUGCUUUCAAGCAGGCUUGUUUCUGUUUCUGUCUUUCUUUUCAUUUGUUCAUAUCGCCAAUUUUAGUUCACAUUCAUUCAUUCACUCAUUCAUUCACUGACAUUGCGUCUCUUAACACUUCUUAUUAGCAAUAAUAUACAAUAACGCUUGACCUUGUAAGAUUGAAGUGGUAAAAGUCAAAUUUAAAAUAUGGCUAUGGUACCAGAUGUCGAUUAUCUCUCGAAGCAAAGAGCUAGUACAGACUUUAUCAAUGCAACCGUCACCAUGGGGACGCCCACAUCUCCCGAAAAGGAACUCUUACCACGCCUUCAUCUCAUCAACGAACAAAAGGAGUUUAGCGACGACCUGCUGACUUUUAUCAAUGAAAAAUGGGGUCUCAAGGAUACAGGCUUUAACUACAACCUUGCAGCGAUCUUUGGAAGCCAGAGCACUGGCAAGAGCACUCUACUCAAUCGACUCUUUGGAACCAACUUUGACGAAAUGUCAGAAUCAUCCAGACAGCAAACAACCAAGGGUAUCUGGAUUAGCAAAGGCAAGGAUAUGAAGGUCCUGAUCAUGGAUGUGGAAGGAACCGAUGGCCGUGAGCGUGGCGAGGAUCAGGAUUUUGAGCGUAAAAGUGCCCUAUUCUCUCUGGCUACAUCAGAAGUUUUGAUUGUCAAUAUGUGGGAGCAUCAAGUUGGACUCUACAAUGGCGCAAAUAUGGGUUUGCUCAAGACUGUAUUCGAGGUUAAUCUUCAACUCUUUGGUGGUAACCGAGGAAAAGAAAAAACGCUACUUUUUUUCGUGAUCCGUGACCAUGUCGGGUCUACGCCUCUCGCGAACUUGUCAAACACGUUGCGAUCCGACCUGGAGAGGAUUUGGGGCGGCCUAUCUAAGCCUGAAGGACUGGAGGACUGCAAAAUUACAGAGUACUUUGACUUUACGUUCACAACUUUGCCUCACAAGCUGCUCCAACCUGACAUGUUUGAAACCGAGGUUAGCCAGUUACGCUCAAGAUUCUCCGAUUCAUCCGAUCCAAACUACGUCUUCCAACCUCAAUAUCAGCGACGUGUUCCAGCAGAUGGUCUUCAUAUUUAUGCUAAGGGCAUUUGGGAAAAGAUUAUGACGAACAAAGAUCUUGAUCUGCCUACCCAGCAGGAGUUACUAGCGCAGUUCCGAUGUGAUGAGAUUGCAAAUGUUGCGUUCUCAGCGUUUGUGGAGGCGAUAAAGGAUUUUAAACGGCCUAUUGAAUCCGGCCAUUUAGUGGAAAACUUAGGGCCAAGAAUGAAGGAAAUUCGCGAUACCACUAUCAAAUCGUUCGACAAGGAUGCAUCACGCUAUCAUUCCGAUGUGUACAAACGCAAGCGCAGCGAAGUUUUAACAAAAGCCAACUCGAUGCUCGAAUCCUUCUUCGUGGGACAGCUUAAGAAUCUGCACAAAAAAGCUGUCCUACUUUUUUCUGGUCAGCUUCAAGAAGCUCUCAAAGUAGAAGGCACAGAGUUUGCAGGCACGGCGGCAGCCGCUCAUAAGGAUGCUGUUGGUUUCUUUCUCACAGGCGCAAAGGCUAUCAAAUUGGAUGAUACAGAUUGGGAAUACGAAGAGGAGAUCUAUCAGCUGGAGAAUGAUUUGAAAGAACUUUCGGCUACUCAGAAGGAGAAGGAGAUUACCAAAAUGCAGGCAACGUUGGAGAAGCAUCUGAAGAAGGAGUUGGAUGAGCCUAUCAAACUGGUAUUGGAUCAACCAGGGCCUGGUAUGUGGGGUCGUGUAGUGACAAUCUACAUGCGAGCAGUUGACAAUACUGAAAAACUGUUACAGAAGAAGGCCAAAUCAUUUGAUUUAAAGGAUGAGGAGCUUGAGCAAUUGGUUACAAAGCUUAAGAGACAAGGGUGGAUCUUAACUACAAAAAAAGUCCACAACGAGUCUGUUGAUGGACUGAUGAUCUACAAGCUCAUAAAUCGAUUUGAAGAGAGGUUCCAGAGAGAUGAAAGAGGGCUUCCAAGGGUUUGGAAGCCAACGGACGAUAUCGACACUCCUUUCCGUAACGCUCGCGAUGAAGCCAUUGCAUUAAUUCCUCUCUAUGCACAUAUCGAUAACACAGACCCAGCUACAGGCACAAAGCUCACGCUCGAGUCUACGGACGACUUUGACUUUGAUCAAUCACUCAUUGUGAUUUCAGAGUCGCGGCAGCAGGAGCUAGCCAACCAAUUGAGACGCAAGGCAGAUGCAACUUUUGUCGAAGCGAAGCGAUCGGUAGUGGCGACACAGGCCAAGGUCCCAUAUUGGGUUGGUGUCGCAUUAGUAAUCCUGGGCUGGAAUGAGUUCAUGACCAUCGUCACCAAUCCACUAUAUCUAUCUAUCACCAUGACGUUGGGCGUACCCUUUGCUGCACUUUGGUAUCUUAAUAUGCUAGGCACUGUUCAGACUGUGGGCUUACGAGUUUAUGAACAAGCAAUGAUCCUUGGUAAAGAGAGACUGAGAGAGACGAUUCAACAACCGGAACCUAUCAAGUUGCAGAGUGGCAUGGCUGGAAAUGAGGAACAUGAUCAUAACAACGAUGUCAGUGAUGCUAUAAAUGCUGGUAGCAGGGGUAAUGGUACGGAGAAGCAUUUACUGCAUCAUCGCGGCUCUGCGCGGUCGUUAAGUCUAGCCGGCGGUUGGCACGAGAACAAUCAAGAGAUUGAGCUUAAUGGAUUUAAAGACAAGGAAGCACUGUAAAUACAAUAACAAAUAAAUAAAAACGAACUAGCAG